AUGGGAAGAAGAAGAGUGACCUUGAAUUGGGCAAACCAGAGAGCGAGAAGAGCUAACAUUAAGACGAGGCUUGCUGGACUCAUCAAAAAAACGAAUGAGCUCACAAUUCUUUGCGAUGUAAAAGCUUGUCUCGUGGUGUUUGAUCGCGAGGAAGAUCAGGUUGUGGUUUGGCCAUCUACCCCAGAGGCAAAAUCACUCAUUAACAAUUACUAUUCUUUAGCGAAGCAUGAAAGGAACAAGAAGGCCGCUGACCCGGAGUCAUUCAUCCAGGCCAAUAUCCAAAAGCUUGAGAAGAAAAUGGCCGAUACUAGGGAUGCUAUUGAGGAGUUUGAGAUGGAUAAUCUCAUGUCCGAACUCAACCAUGGUCGUAAACUUGUUGAUCUUUCCCGAACCGAAAUUGAUAAAUUGCUGUCAUAUACCGGUAAAAGAAUUAUGAGUUUCAGGAGAAAGAUGGGUUCUAUGGAACAUCUUAAUCAUGUGAGCUUCGACGAGGCAUUUCAUGGAGAAGCGACUUUGAGGGCUUUUAAUGUUUCGUCUGCCGGGUGGGACAGAACUGCAAGUGUUUAUUAUUUUGAUGAUUGGAGGCUUUCUUGUUUACCCACAAUGAUCACUAGAUCAGACCAACACAUAGAACCAAUUGAUGCUGAUGAAGACUUGGGCAGAACCUCUAACGGAGAGAGCAGCAAGGCCUUUGGUGGCGCUGAAGAUGAUGCCGAGUGA